AUGACCGUUCGCGCUUUGAAUGUUUCAGGGGUCAGUGAACGCGAUGGAUCGCCAGAAGCCACGAUCGGAACUAUGUAUAGCCCGACUACCCCGCGGGAGGUGACAGUGGUGGAUGGUGCGCAACUAAUAAUAGCCCCCCCACCAGCGAUGAUCCGAUCGCUGACGGGAGCGCGCACAUGUGGCGCCCGGCGGCGGCUCCGCUCUGCGGGCGCGUUUAUUUUCGACGCGGUCGUCACGCGGCGCGGUGUACGGCGCGCCUUACGUAAGAGCCUCCGCCGAGGGCCGGCGCGGCCCCGCCGUGCAGCGAGCCGGCCGCAGCCUGCACGCCAGUGCACGACGAGUUCGAGUAACCGAUCCGCCGGACGCGCGUCGCCCGCUCUAUUUCGGGAGAAUACAAAUUUGGAAUGGAUGGUACUGGCGGCCCGAGAGCGAACUCUGCCGCCCGAGUCCAUUUUUAGAGCUGGUCUGCGCGUGCGCGGCGAGCGCGCCGUCAGUGCUCCGCCGGCUGCCACCAGGCCGUGUCGUUCGCCACCACCGCCGCGGUGCGCCCCGCCUAAGGGCUGCCGUGGACCGCCCGCUAUACGCCUCGCUCCGGAUACGUCAUCGAACCAAAGCAGCACCGACCAUCGGCGCCAACCAAAAGGGGAAGAAUGGUCUGGCCGCGGACGCUGUCGUGCCGCGAAGACAGAAGACAGAGCCUUGCGC